UGGUGAGCUGAGCCAAAUGAUCUGGCUCACUAAAAAGAGCCGGAAUUCCCAUCACUAUUACUUAUUACUGUGCUGCUGUGUGUGUGGAGGAAUGUGCUCUCCAUCCUUUUGUUGAUGCGUCUCUAUGGUUACUGGCAGCAGAGCAGCUCAAUGGGGCAACCUGCUGCUCACCACUGGCUCAUUAUUACAGAGCUAAGUCUGACAGUGGAUGUGAGUUUACACGUUUAAACAGAAGUCGAGGCGUUUUCUUCAAAGUGUGAUGUGGAACAUGAACUCGACUCCUCACUCGGUGAAGCGGUGGCAGCUCAGCGGGACGGACUACGAGCCGCAGCGGGGCCGCAGCAGCCUGCAGGCGGACACACGCUUCAGCACCUGGACCCCCCUGAACGACCGGACCAGCAACCUGCAGUUAUUCGAGGAGAGGAUGAACCUUGUGCUCCACUGGUUUGACCUGUGGACUGACAGACAGAGGAAACACCUGUUGCACUCUCUGCUCUCACGCUGCACCAAAUCACAGCUCAAGUGCUGCAGGGAUUUGCUGAUAAAGACGGUUCCUGUGACUCAGGUGGACUUCACAUCGGUGCUGCCACGCUUCCUGUCCCUGUAUGUGAUGUCAUUUCUGUCCCCUCGUGACCUCUGCUCCGCCGCCCAAGUCAGCUGGCACUGGAGGGUCCUCGCUGAGCAGGACUGUCUCUGGGCCGGCCGGUGCAUCACAAGAGGCUGGUUCCUCCCCUACGCUCCAGGAGAGAGAGAAUAUGGAGCGUGGAAGAACCACUAUGUCUCCUGCAUCUCCACGCUGGACUGGCUAACCCCCCGGGAGGCAGCCGAGCAGUACGGGACCCUCAACCAGCAAAGCACAGGGACGACGGAGGACGAGGAAGAGAGGGGGAAGGAAAGGAUGAUCAGGCAGAUGAUCAGAGAUAAACUACAAGAGGAGAAGAGACAAUCUCUGAGAACCAGGAGAGCCUGGGGCAGCUACACAAAGCCAGAAGGAGCCAGAGGCGGAAGCACCCAGACAGGGAGGCCCAGCUCUGGGAUAACAUUCAGCUCUUGGCCCUCUCUCUCCUGGCCUCCAAGGACUGUAGCGUCUCCCAGCCUCUGUCUCAGCCUGGACAGGGGACAGCCCACGACUGCAGCUCAGAGCCUGGAGAGAGUCCGGGCCUCCAGUCCCAGCAGACUGAACAAAGCCAGUAGAGCGCUGUCGUCCUUCACCAGCAGACCUGCACCGCCACACACAGUCUCACCCCUCCAUCUGACCACUCCUGCCCUCUUACUGCUGAUAUCCAACAGAAUUCCUGCCUAUGAGUUGGUGCUGAGUGGCGUGAAGGCAGGAGUGGUCGUGGUUCUGUACGACCACAGAGGGACUCUCUCGGCUCUGUUAACCCAGGUGGAAAGGGCUAUUUCUGGGCAGAGAGCUCAGAGAUUGGGCCUGCUAGCUCCAGGAGGAACGGAGGAAAUCCAUCUGCUCCACAGUAGCAGCCUGUCAGAGAGGACUCUACUGACUCCCGACCAUAGAGAAUUCUGGGAAAAACUGUGUGGCUGGGUGGCACCAACUGAGGAAGGAGGAGGGAUUGACAUCUUCUCCCCGCUGGCUGCAUCUGCAUCAGGAGUGGCUCUCAUCCAGACUCUCUCUACUCUGACUGGUCUGGAGGUCCGGGCGCCAAUGGGUCUUGCCACCGGAAGUUUCCAGAACAUCCUGAGCCAGUGGUCCGAUGGCAGUGUGUGCACCGAACUCUCCGACCAGCAACCGUCAGCCCCGGCACUGCAGUUUGUGUGUGAGAGUGUCCUGCAGGGCUGGUGCAGACAGGCUCAGUGGAUGGAGGAGGCUCUGGGGGAGCUGAGAGGCCGCCUGGGGCCACAGCUACAGCGGAUCAGCCUCCAGGCCAGGGGCCGAGCUCUGGGUCAUUUUCUGUGGGAGAAAAUCUGCCUUGAGGAGCUUUGUGUGUCCAAAGAUCUAAAUGAGGCUCUGACUGAGGGACUCGCUGCUCUCACAAGACAGGAAGAGACCAGACCUCUGGAGUUUCUUGCCGUCUUCCUGACAAGAUGGAGUGAGGAGAAGCAGGGAAACGGAGGAGCAGAUGAUUUCUCUAUAACACCACACAGCUCACAGAAAUGUGCCGGCCUGAUACCUGAGCUACCGCAGACAGCUUUAGAUUGGAGAGGUGCAGCAGCCAGAGAGCUCCACCACAGCGAGUGUCUUUAUCUGGGGAGACUAGGCGCUGUGCUGAAGGUGUACCAGGAGCCUCUUACAGCAGCUCUCAACUCCAACAGAGCCAUCCUCAGCUACGCUGACAUCCACAUUGUCCUCAGCCCUGUCACACAAAUACUGGAGCUCAACAGGGUGUUUCAGGUAGAUUUACAAGCCAGGCUGCAGCAGUGGGGAGCCGAGCAGUGUGUUGGAGAUGUGUUUGUCAAACUGUGCUCAAAACUCAGAGUCUACACCAACUACCUCAACAACUACACCACUGCCCUCCAUACCAUCGACAAGUGCAGGGAGACAAAGCCUCCAUUUCGGGCUUUCCUGAAGAGAGUAGACAGAACUCUUGCAACACACAUGCUGAGCCUGCAGGAGCUGCUGCUGUGUCCAAUGUGGAGAAUACAGGAAUAUGUGACUCUGCUUCAAGCUAUGUGUUCACACACACACAGCAGUCACCCUGACCACACACACCUCUCCUCUGCCCUCAACACCUUGCUGGGAUUCAGAGAGUUCAUACAAAAGUUGAAGCGUAACUCAGAGAGAGGCGAGCUGAUGGAGGAAACGCAGCAGAUGAUCCAAGGCUGUCCAAAGCUCAGUGAAGGAAACAGGCAGCUGAUAAUAACUCAGGAUGCUGCUUUGCUCAGGAGCCCUGAUGAACAGAUUCCUGACUCGCUCAGGACCUAUGAGCAGGUGUCUGACGUGGGCCUCUUCCUGUUUAACGAUGCUUUGGUGUUGACGCGGCGAAAUAUGCAUCACACACCCUUCACGUUGGCUCACCAGAGCACACACACUUUCCUGGCCUCUGUGGCUCUCGCCAGCCUGGCCGUCAGAGAGAUCACACACACACGCUAUGUGUGUCAUGCCUUCGUCCUGGAGGGUCCUUGUCGUUCCUGGGUUUGUGCCACAGAGAGAGGUGAGGAGAGAGAACACUUCCUGUCUGUGCUGCGUUCAGCCAUAAACUCUGCUCUGAGGGGACAUCAGUGACGACACCGCGACGACACCGUGACGACGACACGCCGGCAAGACAAGAGGAGGUUUGGACACCACUGUUGGCAUUUUUUAUACGAAAACUCAUAGGAACAAUAUAGUUAAUCUUGAAAGGCAAUUAGUUUUCCACACCACGAUAUGAUGUAAAGGCAUAGCACUCCUGCAGCUUCCACUUUAAAAGUAUUCUCAGAGGUAAUCCUGUAGUUCUAACAAUGACUUUACAUUAACAUAAUGAAAUAGUCAUUUUUUGUAUUUGCAAUAGUUGGAAAAUAUCAAGUAUUUUGUCACAUUUUGCACAAACCUGCUUUUUAUAAAAUGGAACGUGAAAAAAAGAGAAAUUACAGAGCCGAGGAAGUAAUAUUCCGAGAAAAAACUCUGAAUUUCUGAGAAAAAAGAGGAUGUUUCCUGAGACUAAAGUGGUAAAUUCACUGAAAAAA